UACAUCCUGCAGGGCCCGUUCGUAACCCCUGCGCCUAUCCCCACCCACCAUUUUCCUCGCCCGCCGUAUCGUAAGCCGCCGGCCGCCGAAGAUGGCGCGCCUCCUCGCCGUCCGGGGCAUCUCCUCGUCGCCGCACCUCGCGUGGAGGGUAAAGCAAACAGAGAAUGAGAUUGUUCAGAUGUUCCAGCCCCCAGUUCGUCGGAGUGAGGAGGCAGUAGCAACCACUGGACCAAGGUACACACAUUCCAUACGAGUCAUGGAUGAGAGGUUCAUUAGGAUACUGAAGAUAUUCAAGUGGGGUCCUGAUGCUGAGAAGGCUUUGGAGGUAUUAAUGAUGAAAGUGGAUCACUGGUUGGUAAGAGAGGUUAUGAAAACCGAUGUUGGGGUCAGUGUGAAGAUGCAAUUUUUCAGAUGGGCAGCAAGGAAGAGGAAUUAUGAACACGACACAUCCACUUACAUGGCGUUGAUACGUUGUUUAGAGGUAGUAGAGCAGUAUGGUGAAAUGUGGAAAAUGAUCCAAGAAAUGGUACGUAAUCCUGUGUGUGUUGUCACGCCGAUGGAGCUAUCAGACAUCAUCCGGAUGCUGGGGAAUGCCAAGAUGAUCAGUAAGGCAGUUGCAAUCUUUUACCAAAUCAAGGCACGAAAGUGUCAACCCACUGCUCAGGCAUAUAAUAGCAUGAUAAUCAUGUUAAUGCAUGAGGGGGAGUAUGAGAAAGUACAUGAACUUUACAAUGAGAUGAGCAACGAGGGCCAAUGCUUCCCAGACACCGUGACUUACAGUGCACUCAUUUCUUCUUUCUGCAAACUUGGUCGCCAGGAUUCAGCAAUUUGGUUGUUGAAUGAGAUGAAGGACAAUGGAAUGCAGCCAACUGCUAAGAUAUAUACCAUGCUAAUGGCUUUGCUCUUUAAAUUGGACAAUGUUCAUGGAGCAUUGAGUUUGUUUGAAGAGAUGAGGCAUCAGUACUGCCAACCAGAUGUGUUUACUUACACUGAAUUAAUUAGGGGACUUGGUAAAGCUGGGAGAUUUGAUGAAGCAUAUAACUUCUUCUAUGAAAUGCGACGAGAAGGCUGCAGGCCAGACACAGUUCUUAUGAAUAAUAUGAUAAAUUUCUUGGGCAAGGCUGGUCGUUUGGAUGAUGCUAUGAAGUUGUUUGAGGAGAUGGAGACAUUAAGGUGUAUUCCUAGCGUGGUGACCUACAACACUAUAAUAAAAGCACUUUUUGAAUCUAAAUCCCGGAUUUCUGAGAUUUCAUCAUGGUUCGAGAGAAUGAAGGAAAGUGGAAUCUCCCCUAGUCCAUUCACCUACUCAAUCUUGAUUGAUGGAUUCUGCAAAACCAACAGGACGGAGAAGGCUAUGAUGCUGCUGGAGGAGAUGGAUGAAAAGGGCUUCCCUCCAUGUCCAGCGGCAUAUUGCAGCCUGAUUGAUGCUCUUGGAAAAGCCAAACGGUAUGAUCUUGCACACGAGCUAUUUCAGGAGCUAAAAGAAAAUUGUGGCUCCUCUAGUGCUCGAGUGUAUGCGGUUAUGAUAAAACACUUAGGGAAGGCUGGACGGCUUGAUGAUGCUGUAGAUCUGUUUGAUGAGAUGAACAGACUUGGUUGCACUCCUAAUGUUUAUGCUUACAACGCCCUCAUGUCCGGAUUGGCAAGAGCAGGCAUGCUUGAUGAAGCCCUUACUACAGUGAGAAGAAUGCAAGACCAUGGGUGUAUUCCUGAUAUCAAUUCAUACAAUAUUAUCCUGAAUGCACUGGCAAAAACAGGAGGUCCUGAUCGUGCAAUGGGGAUGCUUUCUAAUAUGAAACAGUCUGCAAUAAAACCAGAUGCUGUGUCAUAUAAUACUGUUCUUGGUGCCUUGAGUCAUGCAGGCAUGUUUGAGGAGGCAGCUAAAUUGAUGAAAGAGAUGAAUGCGUUAGGAUUUGACUAUGAUCUUAUUACAUAUUCAUCUAUACUUGAGGCGAUUGGAAAAGUUGAUCAAGAAUGAACUAAACAUGUUUUUGUGCAGCUCUGCAACUCUUCGAUAUAAAAAGCUUCCUUUUGUGCCUCUCAAGUGAACUGUUACUUGGUAAAAUCAUGGAGGACAGCAGUGAGUCAACCGUAGAAGAAUCACUUUUCUCCAUUAAGAUGUGAGGGCUGUUGCUGAAAAGUUGAGACCGUUUGGUGAAAAGUUAACUACUGUAUGUUGAGAGUUCUUUCUUUAGCAAUCACAAGUGGAGUGCGCAUGCUACAAUUCCUGAAGUUACGGCUUCCAAAUUUGGCAUAGCCGGCAAAUGUGCCUAAUCUUUCCAGCUAAUGUGUGCACAGGGGCUUACCUGUGGGCUGCCAUUGCUUCAUUGCUUAGUGUUUGAAGCCUUCCGAAACCAGCAAAGAACCGGCAAAGCAAAAAACAUGGUAGGCCAAGUCCAGAAUCGAGAUAUCGUCCAAAUGACCAACUCAGAACUAACAGCACGUGAAUGUGUCUUUGGCGUCUGUAAAAUUUAUGUUACUAUAGAAGCUUCUAUGGCGUUUGUAAGAAAUGGUGUUACUAUAAAAGCUACUGUGGUCUUUGCUCAGCUAGGGUUUCAGAUCAACAGGGUUACUGAAAAAAAUGGUGUUACUAUCCGCUUGUUGCUCAUGCGGAUUUCAUACCUGCCCAUAACAAGGCUCACAGUCAGCAAGGCUGAUGCUUUUGCUGGGCAUCUGGAAACCUAUCAUUUUGGGGGUUUUCGUUUC